AUGUCUCCUCCAAUACAAAACCGCACCAACGAGUUCCAUUCAUGCGUAGAAUCCAUUCGAUCUCGCUCUGCUCUUCCCCGUGGUGCCGACGCCAAGCAACGGCUACUGCGGAAUGGCAAGACACAAAACAAAAGCGAGUUUUCGCGGGUGGCUACAACUAUUGGGAAGGAUAUCAGUAGUACAACGAUAAAGCUCGGGAAACUUGGCCAGCUCGCUAAACGGAAAACCCUCUUUGAUGACCGACCCGUUGAAAUCAGCGAGCUCACAUUCAUCAUCAAGCAAGACAUUGCGAACAUAAACAAGCAAAUAGCGACGCUCCAAGCACAUGUGAAGCAGAACGGGCAGGGUUCGAAGUCGGCGGAGGGAAAGCAGUUGGACGAACAUAACAAUAAUGUUGUUAUGCUCUUGCAGAGCAAGCUGGCGAAUACGAGUAUGUCCUUCAAGGACGUGCUGGAGUUGCGGACUCAGAACAUGAAGGAGUCCCGUACUCGUACGGAGCAGUUCAUGUAUUCGACGUCAAAUGCUGCUAGCCAGACUACUUCGACUUCGAUGCUCUACCAACAGCGUCCAGACCCUAUGGGAGAUGGGAGUGCGAGCCGCUACGACACCAAGGGCAAGGGACGGGCACCGCAAAAUGGGGACGUUUUGGCGUUAGACUUGGAUUCGGCAGAGGAGGGGCGGGGGGGAUCACAGAAUGGCGCAUUCCAACAGAUGCAAUUGGUUGAGCAACAGGACAACUACAUCCAAUCGCGGUCAACCGCGAUAGAAUCAAUUGAAACCACUAUUGCGGAACUUGGUCAGAUAUUCACGCAGUUGGCGACCAUGGUGGCAGAACAACGAGAGACGGUUCAGCGCAUCGAUGCGGACACGCUAGACAUCGCUGCCAACGUUGGUGGUGCCCAACGGGAACUGCUCAAAUAUUAUGCCAGUAUCUCCAGCAAUCGGUGGUUGAUGCUCAAAAUAUUUGGUGUGCUUAUUGUGUUUUUCCUCGUCUUUAUCUUAGUUUCGUGA